AUGGGAUACCUGACUACCUACUUGACUGUCUUGCGCAUUUCUCACCCCCCUUACGUCGACCGGAACGUCAGCGAAAUCGACGACAUCGACGACUACGACACUCCAGAACUCACACUCGAACGAAACCCUCUCCGUGACGGCCAUGCGAGCAGCCUCGACGCAAUGACGGAGAAGGAUGCCGCCCAGCAGCGUGCCGUUCUCUCGAGGAAGCCGAGCCCACAUUCGAUGCCUGGAGAUAGGGGAAGUAACAGGGGUAGCUACGAGACGGGCGAGUCGAGCGCGACGGGUAGCCUCCUCAACGACACGACACUUCUGCCUUCCCCCGACGAGUCGAGCGGGCGACGUCCAACAUCGAACUCCUCAGCCCCGAGGGAAGCAGAAUACACCAGUGGAUAUGUGGGAAAGGAUACGAAGAAGCAAAGGGCGCCUAGGCAUCGCUCCAACGGCGGGUUCCUUUUGCAGGAUGCCAUACGGAACGAUGACGACUCCGACGGAGAUCAAGGGGUUCGCCGGCGACAUUCUCGCAAUCCACCGACGAGUCGCAGGGCGAAGGACUCUGGAAGAGCGUCGGACAGGUCAGGGUCCAGCGCUGGUCGCGAUGCCGGGCUGGGAAUGACCGAAAUCGACAGCCCACCGAGAAGGCAAGGUGAUUCCUCACCCACGGAGCCGACACAUAAUUUGACCGUCAGGAAACGGGAUGCGACGAACGGUAGACCCGUGACAGGCGCGAGCUUCGCACCGCCGGCGACCAGCAUGUCUCUUGACAUCGACUCCACGCAGAUCGUCAAUAUGGCUCUGAACCUCAGCGAGUCACGGCGGCAGGCGUCGCGGAGGAUCGCCCCCCAGGCGGUACCAACCUUGGCUCAGUUACCAGAUGCCACGACGGGUCCAAACCUCAAGGGCCACUACCAACAACAGAGAAGAAUUUCACGUACCAGGUCGCCAGGACCUGAGAAGGCGUUGACGCCCCGACUACCGUCUUCAGGCGUGCUUCACAGCCCCUUGCAAGCUUCCUUCGAUAUGAGCCGGGAGGGCACUUUUCGCAACCAUUUUACUUCUUCGACACUUGCUAGAGCGCAAAAGGCGAAGGAGCACUUGGAGCUCAUGGCCCAAUACAGACGCUUGUUAGAGCUGGUACCGCCUAUCCAGCAACACCACUCCAGUCGCCCGACGACGGCUAGUCCACCAAACUCUUCAGGUGGGAUCGCCAAGACACCGACCUACGGAAGCUCCGAUGGAAAUCUGCGGCUUGGACGGCAAUACAACCCGUUACAAUACAUUCGAAACAGAAAGGUUCGAGCGCGAGAGCGUAUGGCCAUUGACGGAGAAGGCCUUGGAUUUGGGGACAUCAUGAAAGUCACCGACUGGGUCGAUGAUGUGGCCAAGUGGGCUGCCACUGGCCAAACCAGUGCAGACGGCUGUAUUGUUCCACCCUUUGCAGACGCCGACUCUCUGGAGCGACAAAAUGCUCUUCAGCUUGCGGCGAACGCUAACAAGCCGAGAAGGCCGAGGCUGGAUUGGUUCGUUGACCCAGCGGAUUUACUUGCCGAUGCAUACUGGCUGGAACAAGAUCACCAUAAGCAGUUGAUUGAAGAUCGGCAGUGGCGCAAGAUUUUCCCUCACACGGCUGAAAUCAACAGGCCUCUGUCGAGGCAAAACGCUGAAUACGGUAGCGAGUCGGGCCAAACACCUAGCCGUAAGGACGAGGAAGAGAAUCACCCGGUCAUCGACCCAAAGACAGGCUAUCCCAGGCUUGCGAAGUCGGAUACGGACCAUUCUCAUGCCAGCAGCACUCGAGAUCGGGCUCGCCAGAAGCUUCACGACCUUACCGGUCAUCAUCACCAUCGCCAUAGCAACUCCACACAUAGCCAUCAUGACCUCCUGCGCCUUGGCAAAUCUUCUUUCUCAGACGGAUCUGACAGCGAAAGUGAGAAGAAAAAGUUGAAGAAGAUUGACAGACGAAGUCGAACAGGAACGUUGACGAGUAGUCACCAAGACAUCCUGGAGAAACAGAUGCUCGAGAUGAUCGCUAAGGAGGCUCGAGAGAACGAGCCCGGGACAAUAGAUAACUCCGGAUGGAUGACACCAGAACGAGACACAGGCUUGAUAUCUCAGGUACAAUCACGCCAGCCCAGUCGGAAGCCAUCGAUCGCGGGUAGCGAGUCUGAUGAGAGGAAGAGUAAGGACAAGCCUCGAAAGACACCGGCAUACCUCCAGCGGACGGGAAGGACCAGUUUGGAAAUUCCCGUGCCAGCACGGCGAAGCUCUUUUGAUGUUGAUUCCUCUCAACCAAACUCUCCGGACGGUGCAGUUCGCGGGGAUCCGUUCAUCCCCGCGCUUGGAGGGGACCUUUCUCCUGGGUCUAGUCGUGCCAACUCACCAACUCGGAACCCCUUUUCGAAAGUUAAGCAGAUCUUCCGAGAUCGAAGCAAGGAACGAGGAAGCGAUCGUAUUUCGGAGGAGAGGUCCAGCGCUGAGGAUCUAGCCAGUGCACCAAAGACGCCGUUUGAUGCGUCGCCAGAGUCCUCCGGAGAACGCAGAAGAUCAUCCGACCGGCGAAGGUUGUCUAGAAGCCCCUCUCGCAAGAUUGCUCAACGCCCUACCGGGGAAAGCGACAAGUCGCAUCGCAGUGUCAACAGCAUCGGCAUCUUCAAAGGCGCUCGUAUCGACAAUGUCAUUCGUGGUGGAGUAUCGAAACUGGGCGACCUCAUUUGGCGUAAGGAGUCAGAUAUCGGCGAAGGUCAUUCGGAGGUGGAAGGUACCACGACAGAUGAGUCUGACACGGAGCCCAGAGGCCGAAGAAGGGGCGAGACGCCGCUGUCGAGAACCGCAUCGAUCCGCCAGCAAAACAACAAGAACUAUCUGGAUGUCAUGCCGACUUUCCAGCCUGUCUCCCAAGAGAAGUUGAAGGCCACCGAGAGUGAGCCUAUCCUCCAAGAUCCGACAUCUCGGCCACCGAGUCGUAGAUCGCCUCGGUUUGAUAGACUCAAGCCGCCGCGUAUUGACAUUCUGAGCGCAUCGCCGAGCACAUCGCCCAGCUCGGCCAAACGACUUUCAGAUCUAUCCGAAGGCGAACCGAGAUCGGCUGCCAGCACAGGGGUUAAGGAGGCAGACAAGCGGCUUAAUUCUAUUCUAAUGCCGCAGACUCUUUCGCCUGAAGGCCGUCCCGCAUCAUCUUCCCAGCGAGGCCGCCACUGGUCGAUCUCUGACCACAGCCCUGCACCAGACCGCGCACCCUUGUCGAAGCGAGAAAUCGCCCGCCUUCGCGCUCUAGUUCUCAGCUCUGGAAUCAAGGCCAUGGAAAUCACCCGUCGUGCCAACGAGCCUCACCUCGUCUUCGCAAACCAGCAACGCCCGUCACGGAACGAUAUGCGAGUCGCAAGCGUCUUCUGGCCCGAAAUCGCCAAACUCAGCCCUGACCCGGCAAGCACUCAUAACAAGGCCGUUCCACAAACGGAACUCUACCAAUACGCCGCCAAAACACUCGGCACCUCUAUUCAAUGCUCCGGCCAAGAGUGGCAAAAGUCCGCUGACCUCUUCGUUUCGGACACUGUUCCUGCACUACACCGUCGGGUUGAGGACGUACGCCGUCGCGUGGCAACCGACUUGUCUGCCAUGACCCGCGCAGCAGCCGACGAAGCGGACGAGACGAGCCGUGAUCUCACCCUCGGCCAGAGGCUGAAGAUCAAGCACACCCUUGAUGUCAUUGAGAAGAUGCUCCGACGACGCAGACGUAGGUUCCGCUGGGUCCGUCGGGCCAUGUGGCUCGCUGUCGAGUGGGUGCUGGUCGGGUUCAUGUGGUACGUGUGGUUCGUGGUGAUGAUCCUCAGAGUAUUCUGGGGCGUUGGGCAGGGUGUUGUUGGAGCUGUGAGGUGGUUGCUCUGGUUGUGA